CUGAAGCAAAUGCUCCAGAGAACAGGGUGGAAAUUUCUUCUGAGAAUCCCUCAGAGUUCCCUAGUGAGAACUUGGGAGAUGUUGCUCAUGAUUAUGAGCUGGAGAGAGACAGCUAUUGCCAAGAAGGAAGCACGCAGUCUUUUCCGUCACUGUGUGGUGUUAGUGAGCCCAGCUGUACAGUUGAGGCUGUAGGUCCUGAUGGAGGACCUGAGGUUCUGUCCAAUCAAUGCUCCAUAAUCCUUGACACAUCCAUGCCACAAGUCUCACUCAUUGUGCCAUCCAGCCCACUCUUACAUUCUUCCCGCUGGCACAGAUCAGAAGAAGAAGCAGCUGUCCAAAGUGUGGUUGCUGCCCUAAGUUCUACUCCUGUUAUGAGGCCAACAUCUCCAGCUGAUCUUUCAGCAAGACUGCCAAAUGGGUCUUUGGAGAUCAGUGUUGCACAGAGUAUCUCUGAUGAACCCAGUGACAAGUGUCCAUUGGUUAAGAAGUCAGUGUCCAUGGACUCUACCUCCAAGCACUCUGACGAGACAUCUGCUGAUUUGAUGAGGUCUAUGCUAUCUAUUCCCAUGACCCCUAAGAUGCAGACCUCACUGAUCCAGAAUGUUUGCCCAAAGGAGAUGAAUCAGGACUUUGAUGCACCUCAGCAAGCUGAAGUGGAGUGCCAUCAGAAAGGAGGGGAGCCAACCCUAAACCCAGCCUGCAUGGAGCCCGCUCCGAAAACACCAGAAAGGCAGGAGAUUCUCCUGGGUGGCCGAGCGAGCAGCUUGUGGACUGAGAAAUUCGAGAGCCCCAUGCCCUCGCCCCAGCACAACUCCACAGAACUGAGCUCUCCACCAAGCUGUGGAUCAGCUCAGCCCAGCGAGGGGAACAACGCUGCACAGUCGGUGGCUCCCCUGCAUCUCCCUCUUGCCCAGUCAGAGCCCCUACAGCAGCAGCUUUUGAAGAUGAUGGAGCUGCUCAUCCUUAAGUCAGGGGGCUCCACGUCGCACCAGCAUGUCGCUGUCGGGACGAGCCCGGUGCACCAGAAUGAGCGUAGCGUCAAUACCUCCGGCCUCUUCGAGCUCAAAAGGGAGAUCUCUGUGGCCGAGGCGAGCACCAGCACUGAUUCCCUGCUCUGGACUCUGACUCCUGGAAGCCUGGAAUCGGCAUCAAGAGAGGAGCUGCAGCAGCGUUUGACCUCUCUGCUCAUCAUGGUGGAGGUUCUGUCCCAGCAGCUAUCCUCCGUCCGGGGUCACAAACAGAGCGCUGGACCCGGGCCUUCUGAGCUCAGGGAAAAGCUCGUCCAGACAGACCACACCGAGCUCAACCAGGUGGUGAUUUACAAGGAGCUGUAUGAGAAAGCCCUGGAGAAGAUCCACCACCUGGAGCUGGACCACGAGACCAUGGGGAACCUUCUUGAUAGUGUGAAGGACACGAGGGCCGCUAUGGCUGCAGUCAGUGCAGGAACGGAGGAAACUCUUGCUAAGUUAACGGAAAUCACUUGUGUGACCAAAGAAGAUCAAGAUGGGGUCUCCAUACAGAUGAAGCAGAUGAGGGAACUGUACAGGAAGUGCAGGGAGACGUUGAGAAGGAUGGGGGAUAAGGCCCGCGAGUGCCAGCAGGAGCGCGACCGCAUGAGGCAACUCAUGGAGGAAGCGAUGAGGGCAAAGGAAGCGGCUUUCAGUGUGAUGGAGCAGCUCCGGGUUCAACAUGCCAUCCAGGUGGCGAGGCUGGAGGAGAAUGUGGGCUCUCAUGUGACCCUCAAAGGGGCUCUGUCCAAAGCCCACCUAGAACAGGCCUCCCUGAACAAGGAGCAUGUUGAGUCCAUACAAGCUAUGAAUGAACUUCUAGACGUGAGCAUGUCCCACCAAACCAAUCUGUACAAAGAGCUAUGCAAGGCUCGAUGUCUCCUCCAGAGGUCCAACCCUUUGGUGCUCAAGGUGCACGAAAAGAUGGCAGUCGCCCUUGGAGAGGCCAAGAAACGGGAGGAAGAGAGGAAACAGGCAGUGGAGGAGAAAAACAAGAUUCAAGAUGAACUGACACAGACGAUGUCAAGGCUGCAGGAUGCCACAGAGAAGGCUGCAGAUCUCAGUCUGCAUGUAACCAUUUUGAACUCAGAGAUCGGUGUGCUGCGACAGCAGCUGGGCGAGGCAGAGGAGGAGCGCACACAGCUGCACAUGAAGAACACAGAGCUGUCUGCUACAGUGUCCUCCAUCCAGGCCUCCUACGCUUUCCUGCAGCAGGCCCUUGCUGACGAGACCCGCAAGUUGCAGCAAUCGUCCGAAGAGGCCAGGGAGGCGACUGAGCGAGUGCACAGCUUGGAAGCUGAGCUCAAGGAGUCCUGCUGGCAGCUGGAAGAGCAGGCACACAUGCUAGCUGAGAGAGAGCAGAUGCUGACAGAGCUGCGCAGCCAGGCCCAGGUCCACAUCCAGCAGCUGGAGCAGCUGCAUGAAGUCCAGGAGCAGCUUGCGGCUUUGAAGGAGAUGAACGAGUACCUGCAGGCCGAGAACGAGCUGUCGCAGGAGCAGGUGGCGGAGAGCGAGGGGCUGCUCAAAUCUCAUCUGCAGGGUCUGAGGGAGAGGAAUCUGGAGUGCGAGGACCUUAAGCGGCUCCUCUCCGAGCUCAGGCAGGAGAGGGAAUGUCUGCUGGAAGAGCUGGACAGCACGCGGUCCAAAGCGCGCGCCAUGCUGCUGGACAUGGGCGAGCAGCUGAGCCAGGCAUCCGUGGAUGUGGCCGUGUUGCAUCACCGUGUCCACGGUCUCACCUCCGCCCUACAGAGCGCGCUCCACCCGGAGAAGCCAGAUGCUUCCAACCAAAGUGCGAUCCCCCAGCUUCCCACUCAGACGCCUCGCCGUGCAGCCGGGUCCUUCCUGGACACCGUCAUGGUGGCCAUCUCCACUGAGGAGGAAGAGGGCUGUGAGACGGGUCUGGAGGAGGGUCAUGAGGACGGAAUGGGUGGUGGAAACAGUGCUUUCUCUCGCAUUGCCUCCAUCACACCAAAGAAGCAGCAAGAUGCUCCCCUUGAGGAGGAACGGAGCAAUGUAGUGGAGCUGCUCUCGGGUCUGGGAGACGCCCUUUCAGAGCUCAUCUCCACCAUCACCCAGCUGCGGGAGGUGAAGGACACAGAGCAGCGGGAGCUGGAGCACACUGUCUGCAGCCUACGGGGGGAGCUCCAGGUGCUCACAAUCAAACACAGCUCUGAAGUUGCGGACCUCAGGGUGCAGAUGCAACGACUCCAGGCGCGGGUGGAUAAGGAUGCAGAGGUGCUGCAGCACAAAGCCCAGGAGGAGAGAACUUUGAAGAAACUAUGCAGCGAACUGGAUCAGAGCAGAGAGCUCCUGCAGCAGUAUCGAAGUGAAAACAGCGACCUGCGUCGGGAGCUGACUGGACUGCGACACUCCCUGCAGCAGGCGGAGCUCGAAGCGCAGGUGCUCAGAGAGGAGCUCUCCACAACAGGGGCUCAUUCUGAGCUCGAGACCCUCAAUGAGAGGCUUGAGCUGCGCAAGGAGGUGGCAAAGCUGAAGAGGAACCUCAUGGAGGUCGAAGACAGUCGGGGGAAGUUACUGGAACGAGCCAAGAGACACCAACUAGUGCAUGAAACUAACCAGAAGAAAUCGGAAAGGGAGCUGCAUCUGUUAGAUAAAAUGAUCGACACCGUACGGCAGACGCUGUCAUCCAUCCCAGCCGUGGUGCAGAACUGCGAGGAGCUGCAGAAGCUCGUGACGUACCUGGGGUAGUCCUGCCAACACUGGACCGUGUCCAGGCUCCCAUUUUACAGAUCCCAUAUAAAGGUUUUCAAUGUUAAGUUUUGUUUAAAAUAAUGUCUUAAUUGUUUUUUUAUAUUUAAAGACAAAUUAAAAGUUAACUGGUACUCACUGAUGGCAGGUUUCCUUCAAUUGCAGAACUCGGGUGCGUUUUGAUAAAUACAUUGUCACCACGGGGUGGCGUUUGUGCUACUGCAGCCACUGUAAUGUGCGCGCGCGCACACGGCUUUCUCAUUUAGCUGCUCUGUUCUCCAAAGGGAUCUACAGUUAUUUACCUGUUUACAGUCGUGGGCAGCCCUGGUCAGAUUACAUGUUUUGUUUGUUUUCCCAGUGAAAGGAACACAAUGGCUAAAGAGGGAAGAACUUUAAUGUGACAUUUUUGCACGUUAAUGGACAAUUAAUGUGCUGAAUUUGAUAGAUUGGGAGGUAUCAACAAUGUGAGAUGCAGUUAAGGGAAUCUAGCACUUAGUACAACUCACUGUGCGCUAUCCUAUGUACCAGUUUGUUUUUACUGGAAUAACUGUGAUGACGGUGUAUGUGCGCAGAUGAACGCAGGAACACAUGUACAGUACAAAGUCAAACUGUAGGAGAUGAUGGCACCGGCAAAGUAAACUGCACCAAGUCUAAUGAUGACAGAUGUCCUGCUGGUAAUGAGAAAGGAGGCUUGAGUGAGUCGAGAACUCAAAUUGAUGGAAGGUCACGAGUGCUUCCGUAUUUAAAAACGAGCGUUCCGUUAUUCAAUUCAAAGUCCUUUUGAGGUUAAAUGGAAAUGAACAGACUGCAGAGACUCUGCUUGGACCAGCUGCAAUAUUUCACGUAUCUGACAAACAUCCCUCAUGGGUCCAAGCACUAGUUGUGUUUUUGGAGCAGAGUCCUACAUGUUCAACACUGUAAAACCAAGGUACAUUGAGUGCGUCUUCCUCAACAGGGGCAUCUGUCAGUUUCUGAACAAACAAACAGCUGGCACCAUAGUGGUUAAAGCUAGUGCCUUUGGACCC